GGCCCCUCUGAUGUGGAGGAGGAGUAGGUGAUCGAAAAUACAGUAGAGAAAAUUAUUUUGAAUAUUUUCACAAUUUGGACGGCUGUAUAUCGGCCCUUCUCUUCGUCUGACUGAUUUUGGAUCCGUGUGCUUCCGUUACAUCCAUGGGCUUGAUAGGCGCAUCUCUCGCCUCCCAGUAGGACAUAACGGGCAGGGCUACCUCGUAAUAUUUAUUUAUUUCGCUCUCUUUGCCGCAUGAGAAACGUGAUCGAGAGACAGUGAUAACAGUAUCCUUAUCAUGGAUUAAUCCCCGCGUAAAUUUCCAUUUGAAAGGUUCCCAAUGUUGAACAUGUCCACCCCCAGUGAGCUGAAGUCUCCCUGCGUGACUCGCAAUGGCAUGGUAAAGCUGCCCCCGAGCCAGCCAAAUGGUCUGGGCAGUGCAAGUAUUACCAAGGGGACACCUGCUGCCAAGAACCGUCUUUGCCAGUCCUCUUCUGUACCCUCCAUCCUGCCCCCUCCAUCAUCAUCCCUUCCAUUUCACCAUCACCACCUGGACAGCCCUGGGAUUCCCAGCUCGCCAGCCUCUCUCUUGGGCUCUGAUCUUGAGCCUGGAAAGCCUCUAGUGGGCUUGAAGCCAUCCCUUCGUCAGUUUCCUCCUCUCACUCUACCUAAGCCUAUGCUACUGGAGCGCCAGCUUGUCCUGGAUGAGAAGCUGCUCAACCGAUUGCUUUGGUAUUUUACUACAGCUGAAAAAUGUGUGCUGGCACAGGUGUGCAAGACAUGGCGCAAAGUUCUGUACCAGCCCAAGUUCUGGGAGGGAGUGACACCCAUCUUGCAUGCAAAGGAGUUAUAUACUCUCUUGCCUAAUGGGGAGAAGGAAUUUGUCAGUCUUCAGGCAUUUGCCCUGCGGGGUUUCCAGUCUUUCUGCCUAGUGGGUGUGUCUGACCUGGACAUUUGUGAGUUCAUCGACAAUUACCCCCUGUCCAAGAAAGGUGUUCGCUCAGUCAGCCUAAAGAGGUCUACCAUCACAGAUGCUGGAUUAGAGGUCAUGUUGGAGCAAAUGCAAGGCCUGAUGCAUCUUGAACUUUCAGGCUGCAACGACUUUACUGAGGCUGGCCUCUGGUCCAGUCUGAAUGCUCGACUGACUUCCCUCAGCGUUAGUGACUGCAUUAAUGUGGCAGAUGAUGCCAUUGCUGCUAUUUCCCAGCUUCUGCCCAACCUCUCAGAAUUGAGUCUUCAGGCCUACCAUGUCACUGACACAGCCAUGGCCUAUUUCACAGCCAAACAGGGCUAUACCACCCAUACUCUGCGGCUUCACUCCUGCUGGGAGAUAACCAAUCACGGUGUGGUCAACAUGGUACACAGCCUUCCCAACUUGACUGCCCUCAGCCUCUCUGGCUGUUCCAAGAUUACUGAUGAUGGUGUGGAGCUGGUUGCCGAGAACCUGCGUAAGCUUCGCAGUCUGGACUUAUCUUGGUGCCCUCGGAUCACUGAUAUGGCUCUAGAGUACAUUGCCUGUGACCUGCAUAAAUUGGAAGAACUGGUGCUGGACAGGUGUGUGCGCAUCACAGACACCGGCUUAGGCUACUUGUCAACCAUGUCAUCAUUACGGAGCCUCUAUCUGCGCUGGUGCUGUCAGGUGCAAGAUUUUGGACUGCAACAUUUGUUUGGAAUGAGGAGUCUUCGUCUACUGUCUCUUGCAGGCUGCCCUCUGCUGACCACCACUGGUCUAUCAGGCCUAAUUCAGCUACAGGAGCUUGAGGAGCUGGAACUGACCAACUGCCCUGGAGCCACUGCCGAGCUCUUCAAAUAUUACUCCCAGCAUCUGCCACACUGCAUGGUCAUUGAAUAAGACCACUGAUCUCUCUCAGUGGUUCACCAUUCCUCUUCCUUCUUCCUCCUCACUUUCCCCACUCUUCUCUAAGCUAGCAAAGAGACUGAAUUGCUCCUGAUAUACCAUGUAGUUACUCAUUACCUACCCCCUGUCUUCCUCCAUGCCCCACUGAGUAGACUGACCCCCAGGCAGCCUAAGGGAGGAUGACUGAUGAUGGUACAUGCCAGGUUCAGAAUGGUGGGAUAGAGUUUGAGCUUCGUUUAAGAAGACACUGGAGGAAAGAGCUUGAUAUGACAUCUUGUCCGACAGAAAGUUGAUUUUUUUCUUUUUUCCUUUCUCUCUCUCUCUCUCUCUCUCUCACACAUUCUUGGAUUUUGGAGUGGUGCCAUUCUGAAGACAUCAAGACACUGAUCAUUUUUGAGCUAAAAGGAUUUUUGAGCUAAAGGAGGUGAUGUGGAUCCAGCUACAGUACUGAGGAUUCUAUAAAGGGAAAUUAUGACUUAAUGGCAGAACUCAUUUAUGGGCUUAUAAACUGCGUGGCGCACACACACACACAUACACCCACACAAAGACACACCCACACACACACACACUAUAUGGUAAGUGAGACAGAUGUAAGUCCUCAAGACCAACAGUACUGAUGUUUGUUUUUCCAACAUUCUGUAUAAUAUAAAUGCUGUUCUUUUUCUCUGAAGGUAUAAAAUAUUAUGUUUUCUCUUGUUCAAAUAGAGACUCCAGGAAGCAGCUGGAGAAACAAGAAUUAGAGAGAACAGUUCAUAAAGUGGAUUAUAGGGAUUGAACUUUUAUCACUCUUUUUCCCUUCCUCUUUGUGUGGCUUAUGAGUUAUGGACACAGACUACUCUCCUUUUGGACAAAUUUAUCCCUUUGUGUGACUUAACAGAUAUCAAAGAAAAAAAAAGAAAAAAGAAUGGGAUCAGUUUACAGUAUUUAAUUUUAUCAGCUCAAUGUUUCACAUUUUCUCUUUUCUUCAUUUCUUUUGAUAAUAUAUUCUUUAGAACUGCAGGAUAAGCUCUUGUAAACUGUGAAUGUUGAGCAUUAAAGUGAAACAGGUUGCUGAGGCAGUGUGAGAAUAAUAACAGAUAAUCAAAGGGAAGGCAGAUUGUCAUUAGACCAUUAGAUUACUGGCAAACGUCAUACAAUAAGGGGAGUUUUGCAAGCCAUUUUUUAAACAACAUAGCUUGUCCGGUUUUGGCAUCACCUAGUAUUGAGUUCAAUCUCUUUCUCCCUUCUUUCCAUCUUUUAGAUAAUAAUUGAAGUAAUGCAACCUUAAAGAUAAAAAGUUUUUUUUUUUUUUUUUUUUUUAAUGAAUUGUAACAACACUUAUGCCAACAAGCCACUUUCAGACAAUAUUAGGAGCUCAGGGCCCCUGCUGUGCAGCAAGUGUAAAAGUAUAACUUAAAAUUUAGUUGGUCUGACAGGAAAGUUUUUAUAACUCCCUCAGUGUGUAUGUGACUUUUUAUUUAUUGUCUUAUUUUAAGCCUGGGUUAGCUUAACAAGAUCCCCUAAAUGCUCCUUCCUAGCAGUACAACUGACAAGCGGUCUAACACUAAAUGCCUAAAUUAGAUUUGAAAUAUUACAAUGAUGAUUUUCCUAAUGACGUUUGCCCUGUCUAAAAAACAUACAAAAUCAGAGCUGAUUCAUAUGAAACUUUUGAUUUUGACCUUUGAUAGUGUGGCAGCAAAACAUAACAGUCUAAACUGAGCUUAACUACCUACAUUUUCCCUGGAAAUUGCUUUUUGACCAGUUUUUUAACCUGUUCAAAUGUAAUUUGUGGUCUUGAGAGGAUGGGUAUGUUGGUUUUGAGAAUCUGAUUAAAUGGUGUUGAGGGAGGGAGUUAAUAUCUGAAAGGUUUGUAUCCUGUCUUAUAAGUUCGUGGAAUGGCUUUGGUGCAGCUCCAACUUUUGUUUUUUAAGUAAUAUUAUUAAAGAAUGUUGAUGACUAAGAUCUAAGGAUGCUGCUAUUAGAUGAUCAAACAGGUGUAAAAAAGCAGUUCGACUGAAGAGUUACUUAAAAAAAAGUCAAAGAAUAAUACUAAUACUAAAACCACAUUUUUUUCUUAUGGCUUAGAUGUUCAUAUAGACAAUAACUGAUAUGAAAAAGACAUCUGAUGGUUUCUAACUAUACUAGGAAAGAAAAAAAUCCCAUUAUUUAUUUUUCUUAUUCUUAUUAUUAUUAUUAAAAAGAAAUACAUUUUCUUUUAAAAACAACCACAUACUUUUAAGCCAGUAGCUUGUUUUUCUUCCCCUCUGUCUUCAUUUAUUAAAGGGAAAUGAAUGAGCUAAACAAUAAGCCACUGUGCUGCAUUUUGCUUCUUGUUUGUUCUCAGAUGUGCUGAUUGCCAACUGAAGGGAUUGGAUCAGUUACAGAUUGUGCCAAAUGCAUCCAGAGCAGCACAUAAAAUGUGGCUGCUUGCCUCUAGCUGUUUCCUUAUUACACUGAAGUGGAUCAGGUGUGAACUUCACUGAUAUGGUAGACCAUGCAUGUUGGUCUGUGUUUUUGUUUCUAGAAGGCUUAUUUUAGAGAUUCCGAAUCUCCUCAUUGUACAUAAGUAUAUUUAUUUAUUUAUUUAUUUAUUUAUUUAUUUAUUUAUCUAUAUAUUUAUUUGAAAUAUAUAUUUUGGCUUAUUUACAUGAUUUAUUUAUUGGGGAGCCUUUUUCCCAUGAAUUUUUAAUAGGUUUUGCUUCAGUUGGGGCCUGCAGUGGCUUAUGCACCAUUCACUCUUUUUCCCAGAUAUUCAGAAUCCUAAGUGUAAGAGUUCAUCUAUUAAUUGGAAAAUAAACUCUUCGAGACACCACUGACCAUUAACAUCAUGAAGACUGGCUUAAACAUUGAAUUUUCAUGAUGCACAAGUAUAUUUCUCUUCUGUUUUAGUGUAUGUCAUCUUUGUAUUGUUACUAAGAAGAAGGGGAUAAUAUUGUGAUGAAUUAUAUACACUGUCAUUGUCUUGAAUGUGGAAAUAUGGACUAUGGUAUACAAGCAUUUGAAAUCUGAGAUUGACCAAUGGAAAGUAAUGUUUACAUUAUCUGCUAAAAUAACAAACUGUCACAUUUCAUCUGCUAAUGCAGAAAAAAGAUUCUGUAGAAGCUUAUUAUUUACAAAAAUGCUGAAAAGAAAGGCAACAUAAUUUUACACAUGAUAUAAUCUAACUUUACCACCAGCGCUUUGCUCACAAGCAUUGAGAUACCGCAAUGUUAUGAUAUCCUCUAAAAUUAAACAAAAUAUUUAGGUUACAUCUCACUUUAGAAUGAGGAACACCACUUGAAAGCCACACCUACAAUUCUGGAUUUUUUUUUUACUUGCUGUAUACUCUGGGCCUACUUGCAGAGUAACUGCAAACCUUUUAGAUUCACAUUUUCAAAUUAGUUGCAUCAAAAAAAAAAAAAAAAAAAAAAAAAAACAACCAACCAAACAAACCAACAAAAAAACAUCUACUUAAGUUUUUCUCUACCAAGAAUUAAUGAAAAUUAAAAUUAUUCAUCUAAAACAAUGUUCAUAUUUAUAGAAAUUGGGGCAUAUUGUGAAAUAAACACUUUAAUAGUGAUUUUUUAAAAUAUAUUUUUUAUUUAUAUUUAUUUUAUAGUGUUUUGUUUUUUUGUUUGUUUGUUUUUUCAUUUAUUUGUGUAUUCAGAGUGUCUUCAAACCCACAAAAUGUGAAAUAAGCCCACCCAGACUUUUGCUUACGAUCAUACCCCCUGUAUCUGAAAACAUGAAUCAGCACACAUUACACAAGAGAAGGGUGGUUUAAAAGACCUCAUUUGCCUCCAAAGAGACACGCAUGACAACAGACAUACCAUGAAAAGAAGACUGUUUAGAACCUCUCUCCUUGUGCUUAAUCCAUAUAUUAUUUUGACCAAAGCACAACACAAGCAUUUUAUUUAGACCAUAGGGAACUGUUUUCAAAGGUGGAAAAAAAGGUUAUGAUGCGCCCCCUUUCAUGUCCAAAUGAAAUGGUUUUCAUUUAACAAAGUUGGCAGUCAAUUACUAAUAUUAAAGGUUUAUUUAUUUGUAUCAGAUAAGCAUGCAAAAUGUCUAAUGUCAAUAAAGAUGAGUUGUGGUUUAUCGUUUAAUUAGUUGAUAAUAAGGCCCAGUCAUACUCCAGUCCAGAAAACAUAUACUUUUAAUGUGUUCUGAACAAACUCUUCUUUUGCUGCCUUCUGAACUCCAACUUAUACUUAUUUUCAAUAUCUAUAACAGGUGUCCUUGACUUUUAAGUAUUUUUGCUAUUAAUAAGCUUCCAGAUGAUUCAAAUGUGAGUUUACAUAUUCUGAACUGAACUGAACAUACACAGUCAUGCAAUUCUCAGUUACAAACAACUUGCAGCAAAUCUUUUAAUGUACAUUAUCCAUGGUACUUUUAAAGAAAAAAAAUUCUAAAGAAGAUUGUUCCUGCCACUGCUCUCAUUGCUAACAGUCCCAGGUUAUUGUUUUGUCACCAUUUUGUUACAACCUUGUACAGCACAACUUUAGUAAGCAGUAAAAUAAAUACAGACAGCUUACUGAAAAUGUUGAAAAAGGCAGAAUUUGUGAUGUUUUGGUUUCAGUGUUUUAAGCUCUCCUGUGCCUGUAAUGAUCUUACUUUGAUUGAAGACCAUCUUUGCACUGAUGACCAGCAGCUUUUGUGCUUUGGUACCUGCAGAUGUUUUAGACCAUUUGAAUAAAGGACUGACUCAUACCAAAUUAACACCAACAUGUCUGUGAACAGAAGGGCCAACACCAGACAAUGUCAAUUUGAAUGUUUUGGGGAAAAAUGUAAUUGAUAAUGUGCAUUGCUGCUGUUUACAUGCCAAUAUCUCAACUCAAAACAGAAAAGCAAAUAUGAUUAAAACAAAUACAUAUAGGUGGGCAAAAUAUGAAGACAGUGUAAGUAAGACAUCUUUUUGACAGUGUUUCUGUAUACAAAUAAUCUUCAUUUAAGUUCCUUUUACACGCCUUUUCUGUGGUCUUCAACCACUUGAUCCUAUUUAUAAAUUGAUUUUACAUGAAGGAAGACAAUGGGAAGUUUAAUUCUUUUGCACAAGAGCUUUUUCAUACAUGGGCUCUUUUUAAUUUGUACAUUUCUGGGUAAAUAUCACUAGGUCAUGUUUGACUAAAACAAUACAUUGCUGCAAACCACAGUAUUUGAUAGUAGCCACUGAUAGUAGUAAAGUCAAUAGUUAAGGGGAUACUUCAUUUUGCCAAAUUCGCCCAUUGCCACAAUUCCUAUAGUCUUAGUAA